GUAGGAGAGUAGGCAGAAAGGAGUUCGCCUUAAGUUGUCGUUGCCCAAACAGACGUGCCGUACUAAACUUCAUCUUUUUAAUCACCAUCUUUUUAAUUUAAAGUUGAAAUAACUAUUGAAUAACAUUUUUACUAAAUAUAUUAUCUUACAUUUGGGGGCUCAACCGUCGCGAAUAAAAGUUGAUAAAAAUUUGGUUAAUAAGUUGAAAAAACCAAUUCGGAAAAUCUAAUACCGUGCAGUUUUAAUUUUUAUUAAAGUCGACCUAAUUGUGUUUUAAAGUUGAACAAACACUUUAAGAGAAGGUUAAGUUGAAGUUGCUUAAAAUCAUAAAAGUUGCUAAAAGUAGAAUAUAUAUUUUGAUAUAAAAUAUAAACGGUAAAAUUUAUGUCUAUGCAAAACGGCGAAUCCAAUUUGCAAGUGACAAAACCAACAAGCCGAGAGCAGCGCGCAAUAGCAAGGGCAAAAAGGUCAGCAACAGAAGAGAUCGAUUUACUGGAAGAAAAUAUAAAAGAGAAGUUUGAAGUCGACGACGAAGUUUUUCUCGACGCUACCAACGACGAAACAUCAGAAAAUAAAAUAAAAGCAGAAAUGACUGAAAUUGGCGACCUAAUAAAACUUCUAACGUUGAAGUUUCAGAAGGAAGAAGAGCAGCAAAAAACAAAGCAAGCAGCAAUUUCAACAGAAAACGUUGAUAGUGUAAUCGGAGAUUUCGAUGGUCAAUCACCGGUGCGUGUGGAGAGCUGGUUCGAGAAUUUUGAGAAAUGUGCAGCAGCUCUGAAAUGGAGCGAUAAUCAAAAAUAUGUUUUCGCUCGCAAAAAGAUGACAAAGACGGCUAAACUGUUCGUGGAUUCAAUUUGUGUUUUUGAUUAUGAUACUCUUAGAAAAGAAGUUGAACGAGAAUUUCGCCGUGACUUUGUAAGUGCCGACAUACACAAACAAUUGCAGGAGAGGCGCAAAAAGAGUACAGAAAUUGAGCAGCAGCAAAACAUGCAAAAGACUGUACAGAUUAACAACAUAAAAGUUCGUUGCCUAAUCGACAGCGGUGCAGAAAUUUCUAUAAUUGAGCAAACGGUUGCAAAAAAAUUAAAUUGUUCUCUAAAGAAAUGUAGUGACAGUCUUUCGGGUUAUGGCAAUAAAAAGCUUCUUGGUCGUACCAGACAAUUUGUCUAA